AUGUUCGCACCAUCAGUUGUUACUGCUGCUACUGUUCCAAUCAACAGUUGGAAUAAUGAUUAUCAAACUGUUGGUUAUGGAAACUAUGGAUAUGGUAUUUAUACACAAGAUGUCGAAGUUCAUCGAAAUCCAUUCACUGGACGUGUGAAUAUCGAACGUGAAGUCGACUUUGUUCCUAUCGGCAAUCAUUUUCAACCAUAUACUGGCUUUCCAGCAGCCAUUCGUCAACACUAUCACAUCUAA